GGUGCCCCGCACUUCCCCGCCGCUGCCCUGCCCGCGCCUGCCUUCUUCACCGCCGUCUCCCAGCUGGAGCCCCACGGCCUGGAGCUGGCAGCCGUCGCUGGCACCCCUGAGAGGCAGGCUCUGGUGGGCCUGGCACAGCCUACCCCAAAGUACCCUCAUGAAGUCAACAGUACCCCUAUGUAUAUCUACGAAGUGGCCACCGAGUCCGUCUGUGAGUCAGCGGCCAGGCUUCUGUUCAUGAGCAUCAAGUGGGCCAAGAGUGUCCCAGCCUUCUCCACCUUGUCCUUACAAGACCAGCUGAUGCUUUUGGAAGAUGCUUGGAGAGAACUGUUUGUUCUAGGAAUAGCACAAUGGGCCAUUCCAGUUGAUGCUAACACUCUACUGGCUGUAUCUGGCAUGAACGGUGACAAUACAGAUUCUCAGAAGCUGAAUAAAAUUAUUUCAGAAAUACAGGCUUUACAGGAGGUUGUGGCUAGAUUUAGACAACUUCGGCUAGAUGCUACCGAAUUUGCCUGUCUCAAAUGCAUUGUCACUUUUAAAGCUGUGCCUACACACAGUGGUUCCGAACUAAGGAGUUUCCGAAAUGCUGCUGCCAUAGCAGCCCUUCAAGAUGAAGCCCAGCUCACUCUGAACAGCUACAUUCAUACCAGGUAUCCCACACAACCCUGUCGUUUUGGAAAACUCUUAUUGCUUUUACCAGCUUUACGUUCGAUUAGUCCAUCUACAAUAGAAGAGGUGUUUUUCAAAAAGACCAUUGGGAAUGUACCAAUUACAAGACUGCUUUCAGACAUGUACAAAUCCAGCGACAUAUAGAUUACCUUAAAAAAAACAAUCAGGAUGGACAGUUUGAGAAGAACUUUUAUCUAUGGAGAAUAAGCCUCAACUAACAAAAUCUACAGGAAGCAUAAGCCUGGGAAUGUUUAGCCUUUAAACCCAUUGACAAAAAAAUACCCCAGUAGAUAUGAUUCUGCUGCUCUGAACAGAGUGAUUUAUAUCAUGGAGAGAAUGCUUUGUUCUACAGAAAAAGUGAAACUGGUUGGAAUUUGGCUGCUAUUCCUGUUACUACAGGAUGGAGGCAAUUCAGAUGCCAGUCAUAGUUAACAAAGACUCUGCUAUUCUCUCAUUUAACUGGCAGAUCUGAGACAAAAUGUGAAAGAAGGUACUUUAGUUUUUUCAGUAUUUGGAACUGGGUGACUAAACUUGGCUUCUGUUGUAACAUGAGACGCUGUGGCCUUCAGAACUGUUUUAAAAGUAGCCUAUGUUGGGAAAAUGUUUUUAAUAUGAUAGGCAACACUUAAGACCAGGUUACCAAAACAUUGCUUCUACUAUAAUACAUCAUGAAGUGGCCUUCAGAACUGAUUAAAAAGUAGCUUAUGACAGCAGCUCCAUUCUUCCUGCAAAAUAAACUGGUGAUCUUUGAUGCGAUGUCACCACAAUUUGUUCGGUUAACAUCUCAAAGACAGAAGAGCUUUAUACACUUCCUCCCUGACCUUCCCUCCUUCUUCCACACACACCAACACGCAUUCACACCCACACCUGAAAAGAUACAAGUCAAGAAAGGAAGACUAAAACAGCAAAACCAAAUACAAUGGAGAUGACUGCUUCAGUGACCUGCUGGCUGUCCCGUUGGCACAGUGCUGAAACCAAAGGCAAUGGUGGCCGAACUAUUUGUCAAUGAGAUGUGCAGAGAAGUGAAAUGACUAUUAAAAAAACAAUGGAAGGAAUUAUAUUUCAAAGAAAUCAAGGUUAUUGACUGAUACAAUGCUAACAAUUUCCCAAAAGUCUCCAAUGCCUUUUUAGAAAACUCCAGGUUCUAAUGUUGAAGCCUUGCCCACCUACACCCUCUCACACACAGAAACAUUACAAGCUGCUCUUUUUGUGUAUGAAAAAAAAAAAAAUGUAGAAAAAACAUUUAAAGAUAGCUGCUGUACUUUUCAAAAUUUGAUUUGUUGUUAGGAACUAGCACUGAGAAAAAUCAGCACUUGGGACUAUCAUAGAAUGAGUAAAACUUUUCCUGUACAAAGUGGAUUAACUGAUUUGUGAAGUUAAAAAGUUGUACUCAUUGUAUUUACAAAGAAUAAAAAUAUAUUGAA